AUGUCAUCGAUACAUUACAAAUUUAAAGCGACACUUGAGUACAAAACAUUGGUGUUUGAUGGCUUGCAUAUAUCCAUCACUGAUCUCAAGAAGGAAAUAUGUGAAAAAGAAAAUAUUAAGGCAGAAUCCUUCGAUUUAGUCUUAACAAACGCCCACACAAAGCGCCAGUAUACGGGAGAUGAGUUGAUUCCUCGAAAUUCAUCAGUAAUCGUCCAACGGAUACCACGUGACAAUGCUGCGAAACUGCCAAAAGUGCAGGACACCACAAAUUCAGGAAUUGUGACCAAGUCUACUCCAACUGAAGCUCCUGUUGUUGGGCAUAUUGAUUCAGAAGAAUUCGACAAAAUGACAGAAGAAGAGCGUUUGGCACAUGUAAAAGAAGUAUCUACAUACAAAUAUUUACCUUCAAACUUUCAAAAGAAGACGUCUUCUAUAAUGUCUGGUCCUCCGCCACCAACUUAUGUGUGCAAUCGUUGUUCACAGUCAGGACACUGGUACAAAAAUUGUCCAAUGUUGAAUACACGUCGCACAACGGGUAUAACGAUGGAUGAGUUGAUGGAAACAACAUCAGAUGAUCCACUGGCAAUGUUACAUCCAUCUGGGAAGUAUGUUGUGCCAAUUAUGCAUUGGAAAGCACGCCAGAAAAAACCAGAAAUUGCUAAACCGGAACCCGAAAUACGAGAAAUACCACCGGAAUUAAAAUGUCCGAUAUGUUCACAACUUUUGCGUGAUGCAGUCUUAACAACUUGCUGCGGUGACAGCUUCUGUGCGGAUUGCUUGCAGCAACGAUUGCUUGAAACACCGAACGCAAAAUGUCCAGGAACAAAUUGCUUCCAAACUGCUGUAUCUACCGACAAACUGGUUCCGAAUUUAAAGAUGCGACAAGCUGCUGAAGCUUUCAAACAUGGUGCAAUUCAUAAUACAGCAUUUGAAAGCACAAAUAGUUCACCACGUAUUGACGAACAACCAGUUCAGCCGCCGGUUUCACGUGUACGUAUUGGUUUAAGCGGUCGUCCGCAGCAAGUUCAGCCUGCAAUUGUAAUUCAUCAUCAACAGCAGCAGCAGCAGCAGCAAUCGCAUCAACAACAACAGCAGCAGCAGCAGCAAGAGACAGCGGUGACUUCGCCACAAUCACAGAUCCGUACUUCAUCACCGACAUAUGUCAUACAACCUAGUACAAAUGUCACGAUUCCUGCAGCUUUACAAUCUCAAAUGAUCAUAAAGCAAUUUUCUGGGAACAAUGUCAUGCCAUCCCCAGGAGUAACACCAGCACAAAGUCAACCAAAAGUUAUUGCACCUACUGUUGUAGUUCCAAAUGUACAGCAGUUAGCUGUCGCUCCACCACCUCUUCCGUUGCCGGUAAAUGUUCAUCAACCACCUCCAGGUUAUCCGACCAUACUUCCGUCAACUCAGUUGAUGCAUGUUGCUACUAGUUCAUCAUCAGAAUCAAUCGCAUCAGGAACACAUACUGCUAGAAGUAUAAGUGCCGCACACUUAACUGUACCUCCACUAUUGCUUCCGCCAGGCGUACAACCACCACCACCAGGAUUGUCAGCAGUUAUCUUUCCACGUGUACCAGCUCCACCACCAGUCAAGGAUGCUUGGGAUGAAUAUCUAGAACGAAAAGAUAAGGAAAGCCGUCAAAGAGCCGCUGCUCCACCCUUACGUAGACGCCGUCGCUCUACACGCAGUACUUCAUAUUCAAGCAGUAGCACAUCUUCCGAAUCAUCAAGUGGAUCAUCACGUUCUCGGUCAAGAUCGUCCUCUCGAGGCCGAAAUCGAUCACAUCGCGAUAAAAGACGAAACGAUGGUCGUGAAAAGCAUUCUUCGAGAAGGAGAGACUCACGAUCACCGUUCCGCAGUUCAUAUGCGAGCACACGUUACCAUCGUGAUAAUCUAGCUUCAUCAUUUAAUCUUUAUCAGCAUACAUCAGGUGCUGCUGCUAUAGGCUUACCGGGAGCAUCUCUUAUUCAUCAUCGUAUUCCAUCCCUUCUGAAUAGUUACUGUCCACCACAGUAUGCAUUAAAUCAAACGAGCCAGGCGACGAGUUACAGCUCUUUCAGUAAUGGGCCAGUUCCAAAUUACCGGUCAUCAAGAACAUAUCUAGAAGAACGAAAUAGAAGACAUUCACCGAGAUCAGUACAAAAUCGGCGAAGGAAUGAGAGUAGAGAACGAGAAAAUGACCGGAAAGAGCGAACCGAGGAACGAAGACGAGGAAGAGAUGGUGAUGAAAGAACACGUCGAGAUGACCGUGAGCGAAGAGCAAAGGAGGACAGCGAUAGAGAAGAAAGACGACAAAAGAAAGAUAAAUAUAAGCGACGCCAAGAAAAAGAAACGAAAGAGAUAGAAAAUGCAGCGGAAGGAAGACAUGAAAGUACAUUCAAAAUCGAAGAGGGAAAAGAUGUCGGUGCCGUUGACCUAAAAGAAAUAGUUGUAGAUGGAGAAGCUAAAAGGGAAACUACUCCACAUAUCGAAAAUAAAGGAACUGAAAAUGACAUCGGUGAUGUUGAAAACAAUGUGGAAAAAGAAAACGAUACAGUGGAUGAAGCUUUGCCGGAUGGGGUGGCAGCCGAAAAUGGUGUGGCGGGUUUCCGUUCUAAUCAUGAUGAUGGCUCUGGAGCAGAAGCUGAAAAUGAAAAUGAGGGAUUGGAUAAUGAAAAAGAAACUGGCAAUAUUACUACGGGAGUGUUGGUGGAAAAUAAGGAUAAAAGUGAAAAGAAAAGACACAGAAAGAAGAAGAGGAAACAUCGGAGACAUGAAGAAGACAAACCGGAAGAUGACGAAACUGGACGUAAAAAGCAUAAAAAGCAUAAGCGUAGUAAAGAAGAGAAGGAGCAGCGAAAACAAGAAAAAGAAAAACGACGUGAAGAGCGUCGAAGGCGACGACAAGAGAGAGAAACCGAACAAGUGAGUGCUGUCGAAAGUGCAGCGAAUAAAGGAAGUGAAUAUGAAAUGAGCAGUGUUACUGGAAUAGUUGACAAGGAUCAUGAGAAUGAAAUAACUGAUAACAAAAUUACACAUGAAGUGAAGAAGGCUGCUAUGUUAAAAUCCGUGGAAUUGAUGGAUUCCGGAACACUAGAGCAAAAAUCCGAAGAGAAGGCAAUAGUGGAAAGUAAACCAAGGGAUGAUCAGGAAGGAUGUGGAAGUGGGAAGAAAGCUGAUGAAAAAGAAGGACGAAGUGGUGAUAGUUCGAGUCUUCCAAAGGGUAAUGAUAAAAAAAACGUAAGGGAACAUCUUAAGCAUGAAAAAGAUAGAAGACGCAAGCAUGAUUUAAGCCGUAAACGAGAGGAAUCGAAAGAUGAUUCACGAAUUACUAGAAAAAGAAAUGAUGAAAGGGAAACCAAACGAAGUGAGGAGAAAGACUCGAGAAAACAAGGUGAUAAGUUUCGAAAAAAUGACAGGAAAGAUGAGAAAUUGGAAAACAAAAGGUGGGACAAUAGAGAAGGAAAGACAAAGGGAGGUGAAAGAGAACCCAAACGAUCCGGAAACGCUGAAAAACCUGAGUCAGAAAUGAAGAAAGAAUCGAGACAUAAGGAACAUGGUGAAAAACGUAAAAAUGAUACUGGUCGUUCUGAUCACAAGCGACCGCGUCUAAGAAGCCAUGGCAGUCAUGAUGAACAGCGUAACGCUUCCAAUAAGUCAGAUCAGAAAAUCUUGUCGGAAAUAUCUGACAUAAAAAAAGUUGUCGAAGUCGAUGAAAUUGGUCCAGUGGUGCGAAAUGAAACUGAUCCAUUGUUACUGAGUAAGAAAAAAUCAGGCUUGAAUUCACGAGUGGCGUCAAAAAUUGUGGAUUCUGUUGAUGGGACUAAAGUUCAUGAGUCAACCGAUCAGAAAGUAUUGGAUGAAAUUAAAGUUUCAGUCGAGAAGGAGAUAGAACGAAAAGUUGAAGCACUGCCAACUUCUAGCAAUUAUAAUAUGCCAAACUUGACCGUGGAAUUGAAGUCGGGGGGUGAGAAACGGGUGACCCGAGAAAACAUUUUCGAAGGAGCGACGCCGUAUUUCAACGCACGCCAAAAGAUAAAAAUGAUUCUACUAUCGGAAAGCGAGCGUAAAGCUGCGGAUCGAUCAUCUAAAAAGAGAUCGGGAGUGAAGUGA